GAAAUUGGGAACAUUUACACGAGUUCCGUGUUUGGUAUGUCAUUAUUUUGAUAUUCUAAUAAACCGUAAGACUAUGGCGGAUUCCGGAGUCGAUACAAGUAAUGAAAGCAGCGAUAACCCACUGUUCGAGCAGUGCGUGCUUGAGUUCAAUCCUCCUGCUAUUCCGAUAAAUGAGAACGGUCAGGCCAUGCCCAUUGACUUUCUCGAAGAACCUCACGAUCAUGUGGGAAAAAUAAAAUGUGCAACAAAGGCGAGACACUGUCGACUGAAGUAUCGCUACCGCGGUGUGCUUUGCGCGUCUAGAUUUAAUCAAAAGUUGCGGUUAGCCGCUUCCACGAAUAACACAGAGCUUGUACAGAGACUACUGAUGGCGGGUGCUGAUCCAAACUCAUCAGAUGAACAUAAACGAAGCCCCUUGCACUUGGCAGCAUGCCGUGGCUAUGUGGAUGUGGUGAGGACUCUCCUCAGACAUGGUGCCAAUCCAAACAUAAAGGAUACCCUUGGCAACACUCCACUGCAUCUUGCUGCAUGUACAAACCAUAUUCCUGUGGUCAUUGAACUUUUAGAUGCAGGCACUGACGUCAGUUCACAUGACAAAAAUGGACGUAACCCCAUACAGUUGGCACAGAGUAAAUUGAAACUGAUUCAGAUGCGCCCGAGUGGAGCUGGUCACUUUGAAGAAACGAAGCAGCUGAUAACAGAAAUAUGCUUAGUUGUGGAAAUGAUGUUGAAGUACAUGAAAAUACAAAAAGCUGAUGCGGGAGAAUUGGAGUCCGUCCGCAAAAGGUUAGAAGGCAUCAGUACUCGUGAGCAAGUUGACUCAGAAGUACAAAACUUGCUUGAUAGUCUCGACUCACUAAAAUUAAGAUAACUUAUUUUUCACAUGGAAAAUAUUUUGAAGACUGUUUAUUAAAGAAACUGCCUAUGUAUAAGAGCUCACAGUUUAUAAAAGUAUGUAGUGGAAUCAUUUGUGGUAUGCAUUUUUCUAAACUUACACUAAUUUCUCUGCUCUUAUCGGCAACUGUUUCACCAUUUUAUUAUGACACCCUAAAGUUAUGCUUGAAUAGACUAACUUGUUGCAAUAAUCUAAUAAGUGCAAUUAGCAUAUGGCUGAAUACAAGACCACUUCUGUCACCCUAGCUUUUCCAGGUCUAGUUGCAAAAAACUGCCAAAGAUCUGACGACAAUUUAAUAUACAAGCCACUCCGCUGUAUGUUCAUGCUUUGGAAUUUCAAAAGUUUUUGAGUAAUUAUCUCUCUAGCCCUCAAACAGAAUAUAAAUCGUGGCUGGAUGUUACUUUAAUUUACUAUUAGUUGAAAUUGAAAUGCACAACUCUUUUUACCCAUCAUGUUAUUUUUAAGUUAAUAAAUUUUGUACUACAAUAUCUAAAACAAUGUUAGGUUAGGGCAUGUGCAUCUGACAAUUGGUGUUUACUAUAAUUUAAAAUUGACAAAUCUUUUACUUAUUUUUCUUUUAAUAAGCAUCUCAGAUUUGUUUCCCUCUUAGAAUUAAGGAUAGUUAAAUAUUUUCUACCAUCAUUUUAAUUGAUUUGUAAAUCAACACUGACUUUCCAUCUAUAUUGCUUAAAUUAGUUUUUUUUUUCAAUUUAAUCAUCUGAUAAUAUUACAUAAGAUAUACCU